AUGUUUCUGUUUCUCUGUACUUCAUUUAGUGACAAAAAUUUGGAGUGCAGUGGCGCAAAAACAACAUUCUGUUCGAUUUAUUUUCGUCAUGGUAUAAAAGUUUUUCAAAAAGCAAUACAUAUUCAAAGCGAAGCGCAUGAUAUCGACUUAAGUAGCGUUUCGCAAACGUCACUUCCAAUAUUUUUGUUUUCAAGUGCGAACAGCACCACAUGGCUUAAGAACGUGAGAAGUUUGUCAGAUUUGAAUAGAACAUACCGAUUAGAUUUCUCGGUGGUGAACAUUCGGGACACGAACAGUUACAAAACACAACUUGCUGGUUAA